CACACACACACACACACACACACACACGCCUUCAAACUCAGCUCAACUCCACACCUUCAACAGUAAAUGCCGCAGAAAAGAAAAAAGGCACCAGUGAGAAGUGAAGAAUAACAAUAAUAAGGUGAAGAAGAAGAAGAAGAAGAAGAAGAAGAAGAAGAAGAAGAAGAAGAAGAAGAAGAAGAAGAAGCUGUUUCUCAAAUAUUUACAGCUUUUAGUUCUAUGUAAAUAACUAGAGAGUGAGAGAGGGAGAGAGAGAAAGAGAAAGAGAGAGACAGAGGGGGAGAGAAAGAGGGGGCUUCAUCUUGUCCAGUAAAAUGGCUCUCUUGGGUUCUUCCAGCUGUGUUGUUCUUUUUGUUCUGUUCUUCAUGGCAUCUCUGGCACUGGUCUUAUCCACUGACUCUGAGGAUCCGUCCUGCUCCACUCCUCCAUUCCGUCCUCGCACAUUUACUAUUGAAUACGUUGGUUGCAAUGCAACACUUCGUGGAAAGGAGAAGGAGGACAUUCAAGCAGCCACAACAGUUCUCCUGGUUCCUCUUCUCUACCUGGUCUCCUUUGUCUUCGGUUUCCCUGCUAACCUUCUGGCUCUUUGGGUUCUUCUCUUCCGCACAAAAAAGUUUCCAUCCACCAUUCUGUUAGUGAACCUCACCUGCUGUGACCUUCUUCUUCUCCUCAUGCUUCCCUUCCGUAUCAUCUACCACUUCCAGGGGAACAACUGGAUGUUUGGGGAAGGCUCCUGCCGCUUGCUAAUCGCUCUGUUCUAUGGGAACAUGUACGGCUCUGUGAUCUGCCUGAUGCUCAUUGCUGUGGACCGCUACGUGGCUCUGGUGCAUCCGUUUGGUGCCAAAACGCUACGGAGUCGCAAGACGUCCAUACUGAUGAGCGUGAUUGUGUGGGUCGUGGUGGUGGUCGCGGCUGUUCCUCUACUAACAUCACGCCAGUCUUAUGACAUAGACGACCUUUCCAUUACAACCUGCCAUGACGCUCUUCCUGCAGACGAACAGACAAACUACUUUGGGCCAUAUUUUACCACGCUCUUCUUCCUCUGCUUUCUCCUCCCAUUAUGUGUGGUGGUUUUCUGCUACAGUGCUGUAUUGCGCACCCUAGUGGCCGCUGGCGCUCGCUACGCCCAUGCAACCCGUGUCACGGCUCUCGUACUGGUGGUUUUCAUCAUCUGCCUGCUACCCAGUAACGUUCUCCUCCUCAUGCACUAUUAUAAAUGGUUGUUCUCAACUAAGAACGUGAAAGAUUAUGAUGAUGGUGAAGCUGAAGAAGCUGACAGAAGCUCUGACAACUACAAUCCGCUCUACAUGUUGUACAUGAUCAGCCUUGCCAUCAGCACCUUUAACAGCUGCAUUGACCCCUUUAUCUUCUACUACGUCUCAGAGGACUUCAGAGUAAAAGCCAGAUCGUUGCUAUGCUGCUCGAGAACCGUUCACGAAGCCUCUUCUGGAAGCUCCUCAGGCACCAUGAGGUCAAAGGUCACACUGCUGUCCAUGUCAGGAAAAACUAAAGGUGUUUCAGAUAACGGUGUGGCAAAAGUGUAACUUCGCCACUCGCAGGUCAAGGGGAGGAGUCAUGACGACGUCUAUGUGAGAAACCUCAAUGUAAAUAAA